AUCCCUAGCUUGUGCAUAACAAAAACAGACAUUUCGCCGGAUUCGUCGUUAUAUUUUACUAUAUUUUUUGCAUUUUGUGGCCUGUGAAAAGCUCAUGCCACACAAUGGCCGCAAUGCUGAAAGGACUUCCCCGCCUGCUACCCGCCCGUUGCCUUAGCUCGACGGCAGGAGGAGCUGCCGCCACAGGCACUGGUCCAGCCACAACGCCACUACGUCCGCGUCCAAAUACCCUCACCGACGAAAUCAUACGCGUCGAUCAUGCCGGCGAACUAGGCGCCGAUCGUAUCUAUGCCGGCCAAAUGGCCAUUCUGGGCAACGGACCCAUGGGCAAGACCAUCGGUCACAUGUGGGAGCAGGAGAAGGAGCAUCGCCGGCAGUUCGAGCAGCUCAUUCAGCAGCAUCGCGUCCGUCCCACGAUUAUGACGCCGCUGUGGAACGUGGCCGGGUUCAUGCUGGGCGCUGGAACCGCUUUAAUGGGCGAAAAGGCGGCAAUGGCCUGUACGGUGGCCGUGGAGACGGUCAUUGUGGAGCACUACAACGAUCAGCUGCGCCAGAUUAUGGAUUCACCCAACCCGGAUAAGGAGCUGCUACAGACAAUCACCAAAUUCCGAGACGAGGAACAGGAGCACCACGACACGGGCAUCGAUUGCGGGGCCGAGCAGGCGCCCUUUUACCAGGCCCUGACCGAGGUGAUCAAAUUUGGUUGUAAGACGGCCAUAGCCAUCUCGAAGAAAAUCUAAGAAGCCUUCCUCUUGUAUAUACCAAAAUAAGGAACAUACUUUUCGUUCUAUUCUGUUGUCUCUUUGCCGACGUGUUAAGCAUUAAAGAUAUUUGUAUAGGAAAAAACCCAUAAGAAUAUAUCGAAAAAUAACGCACUUAGCGAUUAAAUAUUAUUUUUAUGGCA